CCCUCACGCGUUGCCUUGUUCAGGUGUAGUUCGAAUCGAAAUCUCGACCGGGCGCGAGCGCUGAAUAGGUAGAUGUGAGACGUGUUUUGUCGCAUACUGAUAGAUCUAAUCCGACUUGGAGAGGGGGGCGAGGGAGAGGAAAAUAAGGGCGAACGAAGGUUCACAGCCCGCCGCCUACGUGCCCUCGACGAUACAAGGAACCAUGGGGCUUCUGUUGCUGAAUCGGUUCAUGUCCAUGCAGAGGGACGGGAAGCGUCGCCGGCAAAUCCAAGGACGACAUGGAUCAAUUACUUCAGGGGCACGAAAAAGGAACUCACACAGCCAAGAAGGCGAACAUUCCCAGUGCUGUAAAAGACCAAGGUAUUCAGGGCCAAAUCUUCCUGAGGAUAUCUUGUGUCAUAUACAUUCCCUGAUGCCACUGCGAGAUGCUGCCCGUGCUGCUUGUGUAUCUCGCAUAUUUCUAGAUUCUUGGAGAUGCUAUCCCAAGCUCACAUUCUCUAACAAAACACUGGGUUUGAAGCGAAGUAACAGGAGAAGGGCUGAUAUAGCAAGGGAUUUCACCAGUACAGUCGACCACAUUCUGAAAAAUCACUCGGGUAUUGGUCUGAAAGGACUCAGGCUUGAAGCCCAUGAUUAUUGCAAAGUCAAAAGUUAUAUCAAUAGUUGGCUUCAGAUUGCUAUCACACGAGGGAUUGAAGAAGUCUCCCUUUUGGUGCCUUCACACUACAACUUCCCAUGCUCAGUUUUAUCUGAUGGACGUGGAAACUCAAUUCGGGAUCUUUACCUCACCCAUUGUGCCUUUCGUCCAACGGUUGGUAUUGAUUGCUUGAGAAGCCUGACAAAGCUGCAUCUGUAUUAUGUGUGUAUCACUGGGGAUGAGUUAGGGUGCCUUCUUUCCAGUUCUUUUGCUUUGGAGCGAUUGGAACUCAGGUAUUGCAAUGAGCUAAUCAUCCUGAAGAUACCAUUCUGCCUGGAGCGGCUCAGCUUCCUGAUGGUGUAUGAAUGCGAAAUGCUACAGAUGAUAGAGAGCAAAGCACCAAACCUCUCCACUUUUCGCUUCUGGGUUGGCCCAGUACAACUCUCAUUUGGAGACUCAUCGCAAUUGAAACACUUAGAUGUGAAUUUUUCAUCCAAGAACAACUCUUGCAGUUAUGUGAUUACCAAGCUUCCUUCCAUUGUACCACAUCUUGAAACUCUUACCAUAUCUUCGUCCAUCGAGAUGGUUAACACUCCAGUUGUAGCUAAUAAAUUCUUCCAUCUCAAGUACUUGGAGAUUAAUCUUUGUGGUGCUUUCAAGGCCUUUUCCCCCUAUGAUUAUUUUUCUUUGGUUUCGUUUCUGGAUGUUUCUCCUGUCUUGGAGACUUUCAUCCUGAGUGUACAACAAUUUGUCAUGAAGCAUGAUUCAGUUUUUGAGUAUGCCUCAUAUAUGAGGCAGAUGCCUGCACACAAGCACCACAGGCUCAAGAAUGUGCAGAUAAUUGGCUUCUGCUCUGCAAAGAGCAUGGUUGAACUAACAUGUCAUAUCCUCGAAAACGCGCCAUCACUUGAAUGCCUUACGGUGGACACUGUAUAUGACGAAGAGGAUGAUGAUAAUACUGGAAGGUGUUCUGUCCGCAAAAAUGGUAGGUGCGGUCCGCUAACGAGGGAUAUGAUCUUGGAAGCAGAUAAAGCGCUCGAGGCCAUCAGAAGAAACAUCCUUGGCAAAGUUCCUUCCACGGUUAAGUUAAAUGUUAGGGAACCUUGCAGCCGGUGCCACUAUAUUGAACUCUAGGCAUCAGUUUGCAAUUUAUCCAAUGUUUAGCUACGCAAUCCUGCGUGUGUUGUCUUAGACUGUUCCUUGUUUCGGCCAUGUACUUCGUUUACCAAGUAAAACAGUUUUUAUUAAUCAACCCCAAUUUUUAAUGGUAA